CCCUCUUCCCACGAGUCACCGCCGCCGCUCCUAGCCAUUUGUUGAUACCGACACGAACCUUCCAUCCAAUCAUCAGUCGAUUUCGCGGCAGCUCCGCGUGAACUUGUCCCAAUCAACGCAAGUUCAAAAUAAAACCCAAGUGCCGGCUAGUGCAUCAACUGAAAUGUUGCCGAAUCGACCGACCAACAAUGGCCAAUGACACUCUGUCUUCCUACAUAGGAAGCGGCUUCUGGGUGACGGUGUUCUGCAUAAUCAUCUUCUUCGCCGUGGUGGGCAACGUCUUGACCCUCCUGGCCAUAAUAGCCAGCAGACAGUUGUCGUCGAUGAUAUCCAACCAGUUCAUCUUCAGCCUGGCCAUCAGUGAUCUCUUGGUGGGCCUCUCCGUGCCCUACCACAUGUGUUUCUACCUAGUGCACAGCUUCGGCGAAAGCAAAGACAGGUGUUUGCUGCGUUUCGUGCUGAUUUCGUUCGGGUGCUCCAGCUCGAUUUUGAACCUUUUCGUGGUGGCUACGGAUAGGUACUCCGCUGUGGUCCACCCUUUGCGCUACAACAGGUGUAUGACGAGAGGGACUUCCCUCUUUCUUGCCUCUUUAGUGUGGAUAUUCUCGCUUAGUUUGUCGACUGUACUCAUCUACUGGAACUCGUGGAACAAGGAAACUUGCGACGUUAAUAUUAUCCCUAGCGUGUAUUUCACCUUCGUUUUAACCCCUCUGUUUAUCCUAAUAUGGGGGAUCAUGCUCCUCAUCUACAUCAAAAUCUGGAGAGAGGCCUCCAGACACGCGAAAAGAAUCAGAAGUGCCACAAAUUUACACAACUCUAACAGUAUUAACGACACUAAGUCCAUACAGGUCGUGAUGCUAACCCUCGGCUGUUUCUCCAUCUGCUGGAUGCCCUAUUUCAUCGUCACGACCUACUUCAGGAUCACCUCUCAGUCCAUACAGUUCAGCCUGUCAUACGAAAUCGCCUUCACCAUGGCGGUGUGCAACUCAGGGAUGAAUCCAGUGAUCUACGCUUGGAAAAAUUCCAGUUUCCGGGAGGCUUUCUGGUGCCUUUUGACUUGUCAUUCGCCGAAUAAAGCGACGAAGAAGACCAACUACAUCACGAAUCACGUGCCCAGUAGUAAGAAAAGUUCGAUGACGAACGAAACGGAACGGGGGCACGACAAUGUGGUGGCUCAAAUUGACAUUGAUGUGGAGAUGAAUAGGCAGAAUCAUAAAGAUUACGACGAACACGAGUGUAGUGUGUCUACGGAGAUGACAACAGUGCAUGCUGCGACGUGGAGUUGAGAUUUUUUUUUUUUUGUAAAUAUUGUGAUAUGUAGGUUUAAUUCUCGUUAUGUUAUAUAGACUGUACAUAUAAUAAAAGUUUGUUACUUGUAAA